AUGGCGAGCGAUCACAAAUUUUCUGACUCCACUAAUUUUAGUGUUAUUCAGUUUUAUAAAGAUCUAUUGCCUCAAGAUAUUGCAUUAUGUAAUUUAGGAUACAAAGGUGAGCAUUUAAAAUGGUCAAGUGAUCUUGAAGCAUUAAAAUUAUUCUUUAAAGAAAAGUUAGGCCUAAAGGGCAAGUGCAUAUCACCAGGAGGAAACUCGAAAAAGUUCAAAUGUACUAACUUCAAUGUCAUGGCUACAUGGUACUUCAAGAAGCAACAAACUCUGUUGUUCCAAGGCAACAAUGGUCCGAUUUUAAAGGAAAGUUUAACAAGCAAUGUUAUGACAAUGUAG